AUGACGCAAGCUACUCCAGCCACAUAUACUCCACCAGAAGUUUCUACUUUCGAAUCUGAUAAGGAUGAGAAUAGAACUCCAGACAUCCUUGAGAACACAUAUAACGUGGACUUAAAUGUCAACAUUGGUGUGACUAUUUUAGAACCUACAUCGACUUAUGUUCCUUUUGUGUCUCCUGAUGCAAAUUUUAUUGUUAGUGAUGAACUUGAUUCUCUUGAUGAUUUUUCUAUUCCUGAUUUCAAUUUUCGAAUUGAAAGUGAUGAUGAUGUUGACUUAUCUGCUCUAAUAAUUCGAGCUCAAAAGACAUUGGCAACAAAUUCAACUAAGAAGAUUGUGGAAUUAAAUGAGAAGAUUGAAAAAGUUGUUUCUGAGGAAGCUCUAUCCGGUCUUCGCUUUGGUCUUCAACGUGAUAAUACAGAUCAUCAUACGUUUAUUGCAAACUCUAUCUUGAAAAUGCAUAAUGAUCUUGAUCAUGCAAAUAGAAUCAUGACUCUUGCUGAAUCCACUUAUAAGGUGAAUGUUCUCAAGGAACAAUUGAAGAAUGCUUCAAUUCAACUUUCCCAUAUGAGUAAAGAUUUACUUUUGGUGAAAGGUCAAAAUUUUGAGAUUAAUAAGUGUCCUAUACGAAUUGUUGAUGCUCCAUAUGCUAAUUCGACUUUCUUGGCUCCCGGGUUACAAGGGGGAGAUGAAGGUGAUGAAGAUGAUAUUUCUGUUAAUAAGGAUGAGAUUCCAAAAGUUAAUUUGAGAAAUCCUUACGAAACUUGGAAAAUGGCUAAUACCCCGCUCAUUCCUCUUCACCUCUACCCUACUCCAUCUACAAUGACUCCCCAUGUUUACAAACCCUAUAAUUCAAAACGAUUUUCCAUUCCACACAAGUGCUUUCCAGUCAACGACCUGAUCAGCCUCAUCAGCAACCUCUAUCUCACCUCACCUCGUCAACGACCUGAGGCUCACCUCUACACAUAUGCGACUAUGACUCUUCAAAUCACCCUAACCCCUACCCUUUCUCUCUAUUCAGGAGCCAGUAAUGGCGGCAAAGAAGAUCGACAAUGA